UUAGAUUGAUGGAUAACCCGGGCCAAGUAGGCCACUAGUGUAAGCCUUUUCUUUUUCUCUCUCUAAAUGCUAGUGGCUCUAUCCUACUAGAUGCAUUUCCAUUUUCCACACGCUUUUAACCUCUUUGAGUCUUGAGGUCACAUUCGCAUAACAUGUUAGCAGCUAAGCACACAAAGCAAAUUCAGAGAUGGAUAAACAAGCCACCCAACAAAAUUCAUCCCUCCUCCUCCUCAACAAUAACAAUAACAACACAGAAGAGGUCUCCCCCAAAAAACCUCUAGGAAGUGGAGGCGGUGGCAACGGUGGUGGUGUCGGUAGUGGUAACAACGAUAGGUUAAAACGAGACGAAUGGAGCGAAGCUGCAGUUUCGAGCCUCCUUGAAGCUUAUGAAACGAAAUGGAUACUAAGAAACAGAGCGAAACUCAAGGGAAAAGAUUGGGAAGACGUAGCAACGUAUGUCUCGGCUCGAGCAAACACGAGCAGGCCACCAAAGACGCAGACACAGUGCAAGAACAAGAUUGAAUCCAUGAAGAAACGGUACCGAUCCGAGUCUGUCAUGGCUGAUGCCUCUUCUUGGCCAUUGUAUCCACGGCUUGAUCUUUUGCUACGUGGAAGUGCUCCUCCUCCUCCUCCUCCUCCUCUGCCUCUGCCUCAGCCACCAGCUUCGCCUCCUUCCAACCCUCCUCCUCCUUUGAUUCUACUGGAACCAGCAGUACUGCCAGCACCACCACAGCCACAGCUACCGCCACCGCCACCGCCACCGCCUACGCCUAUGGUUCCGUCGCUGCCGGUUGGAGUUGCACAAAAUUCUAAUGGCUCCAAUGGCGUUGAUCGGGUGCCCAAGGAAGAUGGAUGCAGAACCAAAGUUUUCGAUAAUGUAUCCGACAAGAAUGCCAUUGAGACAGACAGUAGCACACCAGAACUCUACAAUGACAAGAGGAUGAACUCGAAAAAUUUGAAUAAGAGAACAGAAAAGAAGAAGAAGAGGCCGAGGAGGGAAGAUUUGGAGAUAGGAGAGAGCGUCCGGUGGCUAGCAGAAGUGGUGGUGAGGUCGGAGCAAGCACGAAUGGAGACGAUGAAGGAGUUGGAGAAGAUGAGGGUCGAGGCAGAGGCAAAGAGAAGGGAAAUGGAUCUCAAGAGAACUGAGAUCAUUGCUAAUACACAGUUGGAGAUUGCUAGGCUCUUUGCUGGCUCUGGCAAAGGUGUUGAUUCUUCCCUGAGAAUUGGAAGAAGUUGAUGAUCAUUGAGAAACAAAUUAUAUGUAUAACCUUAUGUAAUAACUUUAGAGAGUGUGACGGAAACUUAGGGAGAUGAAAGGGUAGGGUAGCACAGAUGGGAAGACCUUAUGAGCUAAUAUUAGGUUGAGAUUGAAAUUUCGAGUCUCACCAGAGAUGUUUUGAUCGAUCUGAAGUAGAUGAUUAAUGGACGGUUAUGCAUCCCAAGUUAAUGUAAUAGUCACGUGUUCAAAUGACGUCAUUGAGAUAGUACUUGAUUUUUAAGGAGGAAAAAAAGGUAAGAGAGAUUUAACAUGCAAGGUG